AUGUGGAAGCACAAUUUCCGGGGCCGAGCACUCGUUUUUGCCGUCACGGCUUGCUCAUGCCAGGCAUUCUUGCUGCUGGGCUAUGACCAGGGCGUGAUGAGCGGUCUGGUUGGUGCGGAUAAUCGGUUUGGCAGGGACUUUCACCAUCCUGAUGCGGAUUUGCAGGGGGAUAUUGUGGCGUUGUAUGAUAUUGGGUGUAUCCUCGGGUCGAUUCUGGUGUUUUUCAUCGGUGAAUGGCUGGGUCGACGGAAGAUGUUGAUGGCUGGGGGUGCGAUCAUGGUGGUGGGCACGAUCAUCCUAGCGACGUCGAGUACAGUGGCACAGUUGAUCGUCGGACGAAUCGUGACUGGCGUGGGCAAUGGCAUGAACAGCUCCUCAGCGCCUGUAUACCAGAGUGAAUGCUCGCCAGCCAAUAUCCGAGGAACGCUGCUGACCCUGCAGGGCACAAUGACCAUUCUCGGUCUGUGCAUUGCCACCUGGCUCGACUACGGCACCAGCUUUACCGAAUCCUCCUUUCAAUGGCGAUUCCCUCUCGCAUUCCAAGCCGUCUUUGCCAUCUUCCUCAUCCUCCAAGUCAUCGGGUUACCGGAAACACCACGGUGGCUUAUGCAGAAUGACCGGCACGAGGAAGCAAGAGCUGUUAUUGCGUCCAUCAACGACGUCGACGAACAUGACGAGAUUGUGCUCCGCAGCUUGAUGGAUAUAGAGAGUGCCAUCCGCGAAGACAUUCACGGCGACAGCGUCAAAUUCAGCGAAUUCUUCACACACGGCAAAGUGCAGAACUGGCGCCGACUGGCCAUCAUCAUCGCGAUUGAAAUUAUGAUGCAGUUUACUGGAUCGAACAUGAUAAACUACUACGCCCCCACCGUCUACGAAAGCGCCAUGAACAUGUCGCGCAACAUGUCCAUGAUCCUCAGCGGCUGCACCUCCAUCGCCUACCUGCUUGGCUCCGCCAUCCCCCUCUUCCUGAUGGACAAAUACGGCCGGCGGGUGCUGCUGAUGGUGUCUGCGGGUGGACUGUCGCUGUGUUUUGUGCUCGUGGCCGUCCUGCUCUCUCUCAGUAAGCUCAACGCCGCGUACGGCGCAACGGCGUUCAUCUUCAUUUUCCAGAUCUUCUACGGCUUGGGCUGGUUACCGGUGCCGUGGUUCUAUCCGUCUGAGAUCAGCACGCAGCGGCUGCGGAGUAAGAGUGCGGCGAUUGCGUCGGCGUUUAACUGGUUGUCGGUGUUUGCGGUGGUGAAGAUCACGCCGAUUGCUAUUCAAAAUAUUGGCUGGAGGGUAUUCAUCAUCUUUGCCAUUCUCAACUUCCUCUGGAUUCCGAUUGUCUUCUUCUUCUUCCCCGAGACGAAAGGACUGGAGCUGGAGGACAUCAAUCUCAUCUUCGCCAAAGGAGGCUUUACCGGUGGUGUUUUCUCUUCUCGAGGACGGACGGUGAUUCCGCAUCAACAUGCCCAGGAGGCAGAGCUGGAAGCAAAGCAGGAUGCGACUGCUAUAGAAGACAUUCAUCGAUAG